CUUCACAAAUACUUCAAGUUAGUUUGUCGUGUUUCUGAUUAGAUCUCUUGUACUUUUUAGGGACUGAAACAGAAGGGUAGGGAUAGAAUCAUUCCAAAAUUCAGCUCAGCUAGAGCGAUGAUUUACGGAAAAGACGUAGCAGAUAAGGUGACUGAACUUAAUGGGAGCGACAUGGGAGGACACAAAUUAGCUGUUCUGGUGACUGCUAAACCUAGAAUACCCACUGUCCACGGACGCCAGCACCGCCAACGGCCACCCCCUACUCUCCCAGUAUCUGAUAGCUCUAGCAGGGAUGCAGCCAUUCCAAAAAGCAGGAGUGAAAGCUCCAAGACCCCGGAUAAAUCUUCUAAGAAGAAAAGGAAGUUAAGUGAGGAAGCUGCAAUGGAGAGUAAAGCCAUUUCUACUACUGUUGAGAAGCAAACGCCUGACCUAGAUGGGCUCAUUGUUGAAGAGUUAUGCAUGGGUAACCCCAACGGCAAGAAAGCUGAGCCUGGAAAAAUGGUUACUGUCCAUUAUACUGGAAAGCUUCUGGCGAAUGGGGAGAUUUUCGAAUCCAAGUUUGGAGACUUACGUUAUAAGUUUCGUCUAGGUGUUGGACACGUCAUUAAGGGACUGGAUGUUGGCGUUAAUGGCAUGAGUGUUGGUGGCAAAAGAAAGCUUACAAUUCCUCCAGAAAUGGGGUAAAGCCUUUGUAAAUCAUUUUGAUUUAUCUUUACUGUGAUGUUUUAUUUAACCUUUUUUAAUAUAUGAGAGAUGAUAAUAUAUUUAUUGUCUGGCUCUCAGGUUUGGUCCUGACGCUUGGCUGGUGUUUGAUGUCGAACUGCUUAAUGUUAAAUAAAACUGCCCUGGAAAC